GCCCCUGUGCCAACCAGAGGGACCCCGCCCCAGCUAUUUUUAGCAAGCUAUCAGGUGCACAAGAUGCCCAGUUGCCUUUUCCACCUGCUGGGCUCAUUACAGAGAUCCAAUGUCCACCCUAGGCCCUGCCUGUCUGCUGGAGUCUGACUGCAGCCUGGGGCCAGCACGCAGCUCCUUCCUGGACCAUCUCUCAGGACUUGCCCAGCCGUGGAAGGUGCCAUCGCCACGAUGCUUGGGCCCAGGGCUCUUUGGUCCUGGGAAGCACAGAUGGUGGAUGCUACUGCGCCUCCCACCCUGCUUCCUUGAGAGGCAGGCCACGGCCUGAGGUACAGAUAAAUCUUGACUCAGGAUCUUGACUCCGGAGCCGCCCCAUGCGGAGUACUAAGUGGUGGAACCGAGUUGCUCCAAGCCGGGGCACGCCUGCCCGAGCUGAGGAGUCCCUCACCACCACCUGUGGGGAGAUCCUGGCGGCCACAAGAGGACUCACAGGAGCAGUGGUGCAGCGUGUAGCCAUGGGGGACACACAGGUCCGGGCUCUGUUUCCCUGUGAGAAGCCACCGCGGCCCACGGAGAUGUCCCGGCACCACAGCCGCUUCGAAAGAGAUUACCGGGUAGGCUGGGACCGCCGCGAGUGGAGCGUCAACGGGACCCAUGGGACCACCAGCAUCUGCAGUGUCACUUCAGGAGCCGGCGCCAGCACAGCCAGCAGCCUCAGUGCCCGGCCUGGCCUCCUGCCACUGCCUGUGGUGCCCUCCCGGCUGCCCACGCCAGCCACAGCCCCCACUCCCUGCACCACAGGUAGCAGCGAGGCCAUCACCAGCCUUGUGGCCAGCUCCGCCUCUGCGGUCACCACCAAGGCUCCCGGCAUCUCCAAAUCAGACAAUCAGUCCCAGGGGCUGGCGACCAGCAUCCGGUGGGGGCAGACACCCAUCAAUCAGUCCACACCCUGGGACACUGAUGAGCCGCCCUCUAAGCAGAUGAGGGAGAGCGACAAUCCAGGCACAGGACCAUGGGUGACCACGGUGGCCGCGGGGAGCCAGCCUGCCCUGAUUGCACACUCCUAUGGAGUGGCCCAGCCUCCCACCUUCAGCUCAGCUGUGAACGUCCAGGCCCCAGUCAUUGGGGUGACUCCCUCACUGCCUCCCCACGUGGGGCCCCGGAUCCCGCUGAUGCCGGGCCACUACUCGCUCCCGCAGCCGCCCUCCCAGCCGCUGAGCAGCGUGAUGGUGAACGUGCCUGCCCAGGCGCUGUACGCCAGCCCUCAGCCCCUGGCUGUGUCCUCACUGCCCGGGGUGGGGCAGGUGGCCCGCCCGGGACCCACCGCUGUGGGCAACGGCCACAUGGCAGGGCCCUUGCUGCCUCCGCCGCCACCAGCGCAGCCGUCAGCCACCCUCCCCAACAGCGGCCCUGCCACCAAUGGGCCCCCCACAACCGACUCAGCCCACGGCCUGCAGCUGCUGCGCACCAUCGGUGUGGGGAAGUAUGAAUUCACCGACCCGGGGCACCCCAAAGAAAUGUUGAAGGAAUUGAACCAGCAGCGCAGAGCGAAAGCGUUUACAGACCUGAAAAUUGUUGUUGAAGGCAGAGAGUUUGAAGUCCACCAAAAUGUUCUAGCUUCCUGCAGCUUGUAUUUCAAGGACCUGAUUCAAAGGUCCGUGCAAGAUGGCAGCCAGGGCGGCCGAGAGAAGCUGGAGCUGGUGCUGUCUAAUCUGCAGGCCGACGUGCUGGAGCUGCUGCUGGAGUUCGUCUACACCGGCUCCCUGGUGAUCGACUCGGCCAACGCCAAGACGCUGCUGGAGGCAGCCAGCAAGUUCCAGUUCCACACCUUUUGCAAAGUCUGCGUGUCCUUUCUCGAGAAGCAGCUGACCGCCAGCAACUGCUUGGGUGUGCUGGCCAUGGCCGAGGCCAUGCAGUGCAGCGAGCUCUACCACAUGGCCAAGGCCUUCGCGCUGCAAAUUUUCCCCGAGGUGGCAGCCCAGGAGGAGAUCCUCAGCAUCUCUAAGGAUGACUUCAUCGCCUACGUCUCCAAUGACAGCCUCAACACCAAGGCCGAGGAGCUGGUGUACGAGACGGUGAUCAAGUGGAUCAAGAAAGACCCUGCAUCCCGGGCACAGUACGCAGCAGAGCUCCUGGCCGUGGUCCGCCUGCCCUUCAUCCACCCCAGCUACCUGCUCAACGUCGUGGACAACGAGGAGCUGAUUAAGUCGUCGGAGGCCUGUCGGGACCUGGUCAACGAGGCCAAGCGCUACCACAUGCUGCCCCACGCCCGCCAGGAGAUGCAGACGCCCCGAACCCGGCCCCGCCUCUCGGCAGGUGUGGCCGAGGUCAUCGUUCUGGUUGGGGGUCGUCAGAUGGUGGGGAUGACCCAGCGCUCGCUGGUGGCUGUCACCUGCUGGAACCCGCAGAACAACAAGUGGUACCCCUUGGCCUCGCUGCCUUUCUACGACCGCGAGUUCUUCAGUGCAGUGAGCGCCGGGGACAACAUCUACCUCUCAGGUGGGAUGGAAUCGGGGGUGACGUUGGCCGACGUCUGGUGCUACAUGUCCCUGCUGGAUAACUGGAACCUGGUCUCCAGAAUGACCGUGCCACGAUGUCGGCACAACAGCCUCGUCUACGACGGGAAGAUUUACACUCUCGGGGGGCUGGGCGUGGCAGGCAACGUUGACCACGUGGAGAGGUACGACACCAUCACCAACCAGUGGGAGGCAGUGGCCCCCCUGCCCAAGGCAGUGCACUCGGCUGCAGCCACUGUGUGCGGCGGCAAAAUCUACGUGUUCGGCGGGGUGAAUGAAGCAGGCCGGGCCGCGGGCGUCCUCCAGUCAUACGUGCCACAGACCAACACAUGGAGCUUCAUCGAGUCCCCGAUGAUCGACAACAAGUACGCGCCUGCAGUCACCCUCAACGGCUUCGUGUUCAUCCUGGGCGGGGCUUACGCCAGGGCCACCACCAUCUACGACCCCGACAAAGGGAACAUCAAGGCAGGCCCGAACAUGAAUCAUUCUCGCCAGUUCUGCAGUGCCGUGGUACUCGAUGGCAAGAUCUACGCCACCGGAGGCAUCGUCAGCAGCGAGGGCCCUGCCCUGGGCAACAUGGAAGCCUACGAGCCCACGACCAACACGUGGACCCUGCUUCCCCACAUGCCCUGCCCCGUGUUCAGACACGGCUGCGUGGUGAUAAAGAAAUACAUUCAGAGCGGCUGACGUCAGCAAGGAGCCCGCGACAAGACAGGGACGCGUCUGGUGAGGCCAGCGCUACGCACAGCGAUGAGUUUUCAGCAACACCAGUAAGAGGCCGACGAAACCCAACCAAGGAACUCACUGCACUGAACAUUUUGAGUACUCUACAUUGAAUGUAGAAAAUCAUCCUCGCCUUGGGGUGCCACAGGCUCCUGCGGAGGGCGCUCGCUCUGCCCGGUAUUCCUCACCUCGGAGAGGAGCUGUUUCCUCCCUUCCUGCAGAGCAAGCUUGAUCCCUAAACCGCCAUCGAUCAGUUACCUUACGACAAUAUUAAGCGUCAGGCUCUUCGGGAAUGAGAUCAAAGUGUCCUUACCACUUUGAUUCCUACUUUCAUUUUUUAAUCAAUCUACACUUUCAGUGGCCAAGAGAAGACGAGGGACAGGACUGCACAGCAAGGCUGAGGCCGCUGGCCCCUGCCGGACCCUGCAGAGCCAGGGGCAGCCGUCGGGGGCACCGCUGGGGAGAGGCCGGCCGUCCUUCGGGGGGUUUUCUACCCUGUUUUUGCCGGAGAAGGACAAGAUGGCUGUGCUAGCUUUCUCUUAUCCAAUAUGCAUUAUUUAGAUUUCCAAGGCAUUUUCUUGAUACACAAAAGCUAUUUUUCAGUACCGAGAGAAGGUGGAGGCCAUGAGAGGGAUACUGUGGUGGGAAAUCCCAAGCUCUUUGCAGGUAGUGCCAGAGGGGCAUUUGCUCUCGUUUUUCUAUGUGUAGAGUAGAGGAUCUCUCCUGGGGUGGGCCAUGCCCCCGCUUUAUUUUUGGAAAAAGUAUCUCCCAGACAGCCCAGCCGGGACUGUGCCUCGCCGAGGCCCCGUCAGAGGAAGAAGGGUCUGUUCUAGAAGACACAGCUGUGCCUCCGCACCCCCGCGAGCCCCCUCCGGGAGGGAGGGAGGGAGGACCUCGGCCAGGGGAAGGGAUGGCGUGAGGGAGGGAGAGGAAACGGCUACAGAGCACAGGAGACUAUUUUUGAUAUUUAUAGCUAUAUAUUAGGCACCUGCCACAAGAGCUCUCAGGACGGGACAGCCUUCUUAGACAGCCAUGACAGCCAGGCCUGCAGGGCGCGAGCAGAAGCCCUCUUCUAGGUGCAUAGUAACCCGAGGAGAGGGAAGCCAGGAGGACCGCCCGAGGCUCCCGGGGGAAGGCUUGGCGCCAGUCCCCAGCCCCUCAGACCUCACCCGGCCGGCCACCAGUUUCCAUUCCAGGGCAGGAGGCAGGUCGCGGCCACGGCCGCGCUGUUGAGUUGAAGUUGGUACCAAAUACACACACACACCACGUUUCUGUCGGGAAGUCAGCCACUGUCACUCCGUGGGAGGAACCCUCGCCGAGGAGGAAGAGACCACGCUUUCCACUCGGCAGUGUUUGCUGACACAGAACUCAGCCGAAGGUCAGGCAACGACUUCUGGCACUACAAGUGUGGCUCCCACUUGGACAAGAUACCGAGCUACGUUAUGCAGUUUUUAAUAUUAUUUAUUAUUUUAAAAAGUAAUAAGCACAAAACUACAUACAUUGUAUGUCAUUUAAAGUAUUUAUGUCAAACAGGGUGCAAGUGUGAACCCAAGGACUGGAGCACAAAUCCUAACUGCCUGGGGCAGGGCUAACGUCCGCAUUGGUGUGUGUCUGCCUCCAAGGGAGGUGCUAGCAGUCACCAAGACUCCACAGAUGACACUGAAAUUCUGUUUCUCUCCUCAUCUAUCACACUGGAGCAAAACUGGCUAUUUCUGUGAAUGAUAAAACAGGGUUCUCUGUAAUGGUAUUGUACAUAGUAUACGUUUAUUGUUAAGUUCUUGUUAUAUUAUAAUAAAUAUAUUUAUAGAUCUAGA